GGUCGGUCAUAUUCGCCUCGCGCUGAUCGAAGAUGAACGCGCCUCCUGCCUUUGAGUCGUUUCUGCUGUUUGAAGGAGAGAAGAAGAUCAGCAUCAGCAAGGACACGAAGGUCCCCAAUGCCUGUCUGUUCACUCUGAACAAGGAGGACCACACGCUGGGCAACAUCAUCCGGGCUCAGCUGUUGAAGGAUCCUCAGGUUCUGUUUGCGGGUUAUAAAGUUCCUCAUCCUCUGGAGCACAAGAUCGUCAUCAGAGUCCAGACCACACCUGACUACAGUCCACAGGAAGCAUUUACAAACGCCAUCACAGACCUGAUCAGUGAGCUGUCUCUGCUGGAGGAGCGCUUCAGAGUUGCCAUCAAAGACAAACAGGAAGGGAUCGAGUGAUGCCCCGCCCCUUCUGAUGAUGCCCCCUUUCUGUUUAUUUGUUUAUGUGUUUGUUUUUUUAUAAAUAAAGCCUGUGAUGUCACAGCCUG